AGUUAUUUGUAGAAUACAUUUGGAAAAACCGUUGUGUGUGGAUAAGGGUUACUUUGGGUUUACUUAUUAUCAAUGCUUGUAGUUAUUUGUUGUAAGCUAUUAGUUAAACAACAAAAGUGAAUUUGCUAUUUAGUUUAGUAAGCGUGACAUUGAAAUGACUCUUAACAGGAUCACCAGAGUUGCAAUGAGCUAAACGCGAUACUGACGUGUUCAAACAAAACUUGUUUGUAAGCGAUCGAACAAUUGAACUUCCGAUCUGCAUUUGUGAAUGAUUAGUGCAAGAUUAGCGAGAUGCCAUCUGAGCCGCGACAGUCGACGAGUACGGAAGACAAAGGGAAGGCCAUGGAGACCAACGCGCCCCGGCCCAUGAGGGUGAUUACAUACCCUCCAGAGAGCAGUGCCCAGGGUAUACUGGACACUAUGAACAAGCAUCGAGAGGAAGGUAAAUUUUGCGAUAUUCAGCUGAAAUUAUCACAGUCGAGAACUAUAUUUGCCCACAAGGCCAUACUGGCUCAAAGCAGCGAGUUCUUCGAGCUGAUGUUUGCAAGUGAUUUUAUUGAAAGUGCUAGUGGUGAGGUGGAUGUCUCGCAUCUGGCAGAUAACCCCGAGACGAUCGAGAGUGUUAUAAAGAGUUUCUAUGGACAGGCGUUCGAACUGACGAUUAAAAACGUGUACGACGUUCUCAAUAUGGCUGAGAUGCUGUGUCUAGAACCGAUGAAAGAGAUGUGUUCGUUGGUUAUCCAAGGGAAUAUUUAUCUAGAAAACAUGCCCUCGUUGAUACAAAUUGCAAUGAACUUCAGUCUUGAGGCGCUUCAACAGCAGAUUGCUCCAAUUAUUGGAUCUAGAUUCCACGACUUUAUCUUGCUACAGGAAGAUAUAUUGGAGCUUAGUCCCAGUUCAUUUGAGUAUCUUAUAUCACAUAUAAAGACUAAAUUCAUAUGUAGAAAAGCUGAGUAUAUUCUGUUUGUGCUGAAAUGGUAUUCAAGGUCAGAAACAGAAGAACGUGCCGAGCUGAUGUUGCGUGCUCUUGACGUAGAGUUUAAAAUAAGCCGACAUACGUACAUGGAAUUAGAAGGCAGAAUCGAGACCAUAAAAGAACACCUAGAUGAUGCGAACGCUUUCGUCGAUGCUCAAACACGAGAAGAAUUACUUCUGAAGCUCGCUAAACUGCAACCUGACGGCAUCGCUAACGAGAGACAUUUACACAGUCUUGACGCUUUGUGUGAUUCUGACCUUGAGGAUCUGCCACCGAGGGAACGGUGUGAGUUUGAUUACAAAUGGCCGGAGUACGGUCCUCGAACAAAGGAGAAGGGCUAUACCGAGAAAGAACAGGAAAUGUACGUCAAGCACCAUGCAGACAUGGCGGAGGCUGAACAACACAGGGAGUGGGCAGCCAAGUAUCCACAGAAGUUUUCAUUGAGAGGAGACGAUGAUCCAAAUCGACCCAAACGCAUACGUCGAGAAGUCGAUCCGAAACCCUAUCCAAACAGAAAUUUUCAUGUGAAGACUGAUGAAGAAAUUCUUGAAGAGUCUAAGCUGCUGAGUGGUAUUGUUGUUCUUGCGCCAUCGUCAAUUAACGGGUUUAUCUCAAACGACACACUUGAUGUAUCUAUAUAUAUAACAAGAAAACGCGGCUGGUACAAAAUAACCAGGCUUAAUAUGCAUAGUAUCAUGUUGGCAUUUCCAGGUUACACAAAACCUUCCGACAAAUCUAAAGAACCGCCAAGGAUGAAAAUACGUAAUACGUUAUACGGAGCUGCGUACAGAGACCAAGAUUCUGAUGACGACGACGAGUACGGCGAUAGUGCUGAAAUGAAGCGAAUGAUGCACAUGAUGCGUGGGGCCGAACCGCGCGAUAUGAUGAUGAUUAUGCACAGUAUGCCGCCAUCGAUCCGCAGGCGAAUGGAACGGGAGAUGAUGCGAGGCCGUAUGCCUAGGUCGAUGGAAAUGUUUGGUGGAAUACCUUUUGAAAUGAUGGACGAUCAUAGAAGCCGUGGAAUGAAUGCUGGUCAGGAUACUGAAGUGCGUCUCAAAGCACCGCCGCCUCUAAGUGACAUACUCUGGAAGAUAUUGUAUUUCAAGCACAGACUGUACUUUUAUCAUCAGCUAGCUUGCAGUGCAGUCUAUUGUCAUGAUAUCGAGAAAUCGUCUUGGUCCCAAUUAAACUUUGAUCUGUCAGUGGAGAAAAAAGACGAAGACGAGCGUAAAUUGUCUAGCAUUGCAGAUGGCAUUGAGCUUGCAGUAAUGGGUAGGACACUGUACGCUGUGGUAAGGAUUGUCCACCCGGACUACCAUCAGUAUAUACGGUACAUGACCCAGUGGCGACGCGAACAAGAGGACGAAAAAGAGAUUACCGUCCAUGCCCGCUACAAGAUUUUCAAGUUAAAUGAAAGCGAACAGAAAUUUGACCAUAGGAAUACAACAACGAAAUUAUACAUACAAAUUCCAAUAGACAAAGAGAAGAAAGUGGGGAAUGAUAAAGAAACUGAGCAAGAUAAAGCUCGGGCGAAAGAAAGACGACUCACGGAGCUGUUCAUGAUGCAAAACAUUCCAAUGAAACCGUUAAGACAUGGUCUGUUCACAACUAUUUUGUUCGUUGAAAAUGACGAAACGCUGCAUAUUUUUACUGGUCACAAGACGGACAAGUACUAUUUAGAAAAGGAACUUCGCGAUGAUGAAACUGUAUUCCAGAUAGCAACUUAUCUCAUUUAUUACGCAGAUUCAAAUGAAUCUGAUUCAGUCGGUCCUUACUCAUCCCAUAAAUGGAUAGGCGACUUAAUACCAGUCGAGGAUGAUCGCCUGGUUUUCUUAUUGAACAGUAUGUUGGACGGAACGAUAAUGAUUAACCUCGAAAUUCCAGUUGACCAAAACGAUUCCAGUCGGGUUGCAUGUUGGAAACAAACGCAUGUAACAGAUUACUACGAGGGAAUGAAGGGGCAUCCUCGACGCCAGUUCAUUUGCGUCGGUGACGACAAAUCCAUGUGGGUAAUUCGUGGAAAAGAUGACAACACAAGUGAACUGAUGGAGGUAUAUAUGGUUGCAUUCAACCGGAAAGUGAGUUUCAAAAGAAACACAGCAGAACACACACCGCCCCCGUACCGAUUGUUUACCAUGGGAUGCUGCGCUAAAUUUGAUCCGGAAAUUUUACGGAACAACAUCGAGCCGUUAACGUAUCAACACGUAGAAUGAUUCACAUAACUUUUUUAUACUUGCCGCAGUAGGAGGUUUUUGUGUGACGUCACAAGAGGGUUUUCCGUUACUAAAAAUAGAUUGGCCGUCAACUUCUUGAUCGCGGCCAAUUACAUUGUAUCAGAGUAAAGGUCGUCGGAAGACUUAAUACUUACAAUUUCACAAAACAAAACUAUAAAUACUCGUAUUCUUUUUUUCAAAUAAGAAUUUAAUAAAUGAUGUUUCAAAAAUAAUAAAACAUAUAAUAAUUUGAAUAUUAUUAUAAGUGGUGUGGAUUGGAUAGUGUUAUUUUUCAUCCGCGAUUGAAAUUUAGUGUAAGGGGUGCAUUGAAUCAUUUAAAAAACAAAGCCCUAAAAUAGCUCAAUACAUUUCAAUCUUUAAAUGUAUUUUUAAUUUUCUUUUACAUUGAAUGAAUUUUCGUUUCGUUAACAUUGAAUGAAAAUAUUCAUUAAUUUAAGCAUUCAAAUUGAAAAAACACCUGCAUAUUUUGCAAAUUGAACUGUCUUUGCAUGUACACGUAUAUUGAAAACUCGUCUGUAGUGAUAAUGAGCGAUACAAAUCUAGCAUUUUAUGAUACCAUUAAUCUACACAUUUAAUUUAUUUAACGCACGUAUUUUAUAUCCCUAUAAUGACCAAACGCAAUUGCUUGUUUUCGUGAUGAUGUUUCGAACACUGCAGUAACGCACGAUCUUUACACAUUAUAGCAGAGUUUACAUAUGCAGGUACCCGUUAAAUACGUUAAUUGUGUAGCAGUAAAUGUGUACAAUAUUUUAAAUGUAUAGUUAUUAAACACUUUAUUAUUAUGUUUAAACUGGCUGAUAUAUAUACUUAAUAGUUCCUUGCUGUUAAUCCAUUUCGGACAAAUGUCUAUUUUUAAAUACAUGUAUGUUCAAAUAUUUUAUUAAGGCAACUGUUAAGUUUUUUACUUAAUAUGUCGAGAGAUGACAUGGAGGUAUCAUAAAUUGUGUUUAAUGACCAGACACAUGUGGUUUAUGCAGAGACCCCAUAAAGAGUCAUACAAGUAUAGGUCCCUGGGUUUAUGACACACUGUUUUCUUAGUAAUUGUCUGGACAGUAUCCGAUCAUAUCGAGAUAAUUGGUUUGUGAUAAAAGGGGCAAUUAAACACUGGGUUAAAAUGCUGAAACAAAGAGUGUCAAAAUUGGUGUGAACAAUUUAAUAAAAAACAUUAACAUUUAUCAAGAGGAUUUAGUUAAUCUGUAACAAGGUAAGUUUUUACAGACAAAUAGGUUCAAAUCAGUUUCUAUAUGUUCAUUACAUAAAAUCAAUCAAUUUGUUGUUUGUUUUCGUCCUUAUUUGUGUUCGUUCAUUGGAUUCAAUUUAAUCUUAAAGAAUUUCAAUUUCUGAGUAUUUUUUGUUCUUCAAAAGGGUCGCGAAUAUGUUUGUAACCUUAUCACGAUGCGCUUCAUCAAUGCAAACAAUAGCAGAAUGGCCGCAGUUUUGACGGCCAAAAUUUGAGCAUGCGCAAACGUGACGUCAUUAUCGGAAUCCCCAAAACCUCCUGUAAUGUCUGGUCCGAUUUCGUAUCGGUUGGUUUCUUUAUUAUAUCUUUAUAUCUAUGUUAAUACAAUAUUAUAUUCAAAAUGUGAUCGUUAUUUGUAUUUGUAAGCCUGCUUCGCAUUAUAAUAUGCAGGUGUAAGCGUUAAAUAUUAGGUUAUAAUUGAACUAUAAGUGAAUCUUGUAAUGCCCCCACGGAGUUUGAAAUGCUUCCGGUCCGUUUAAAACAUGGGCGCCAUGCAACGGGGCGCGGCAGUUUAGGUUUUAUUGCAACAGUGAGUCACUGAAGUCUGAAGUUUUGUCCAAUCUUUAUAAAACUCGCGCAUAACUUUUGUUGUAAUCAUAUCUCAGCUGAGUUGGAAAAUGCGAGCGGUUCAUUAUAAAAACAAAAUCAUCUGGAGGCGGGGCAUUUUUCUUCAUAUGACAAUAGUGAACCUUGUGAAAACUCUAGAUGUCUUUUUUUUCUUCAACAUAAAUGUUGAAAAAUAAUUUGCUCUUAUGAUGUAUUAGCUGAUUUGGAAAAUGGUUCCGGUUCGUUUAAAACAUAGCCUUCAGGGGUGGUGGCGGUGCAGUUUUGUUUAUUUGGCUACGUUAAACAUUGUUUAUACUAUCAGUCAUAUUAAGUGUCCAAGUUUCAUGAAAUUUUCUCAGCACCUUUGAUAUAGUGAUACCUUGGCCCUGUUUGAAAAUGGCUCCGAUCCUUUAAAAAAUGGCUUCAUUUUGUUUUUCUUAACUAGCUUGAGUUUAACAUAUAAAAACACAUUAAGUCACAUGUUUUGCCUAAUAAACAUUUAGUUUAUCAAAACAUAUGUUCUUUUGAUAUCUUUGCGGAUUUUACUAAGGUUAAAGGCCACAUUUAACAUAUAAAAGCAUCACAAGCUCCAUAAAACAGUUUUGUUCCGUCGUUUCUCAACUGAGCAACCCUUAGGUCUUUUGCCCUGCUGUUUUACUGUUGUAUUAAAUGUGCUACAGAUUUGUUGACAAAUCCAAGAAUGUUUAUGUAUAAAUUGACAUCAAUACCUGUGUUUCACACAUGGUGUUUUAUAACUUACUGACAUACAUGUUUGUAUUGUUUCUUACUCUCCAAAAAUAAAUGUAUACUGUGUUAAUGUGUCAUAACCUGAAUUUAAAUAAAUGAACAUGCAAAUUGUUUUCACUUAUGAAGGUGUAUGAAAUACU